UCCUUGAAAUGUCAUUUGGGUUUCCUUGAAAAAAGUUGUGUAUUUUUUCGGCUUUGAGAGAAAAUUUCUGCGUAAAAAUUGAGAUUUAAACAAAUAAAAUUAGAUUUUUUAACUUUUGGUAUGCACUAAAAAAUGUUGACUUACAAGUGCAUGUUUACACGUUUUCAAUUUAAGUUAAAAUGCUCAGCAGUGAUUCACAGCAGGGCAUAUACGCGCCAUUAAGUCAAGUAAUGUCCGAUUCUGAUAGUGAAGAAGAAAUACACAAUUCAAGUCGACACACUCGUCGCCAGCAACAAAACCAAAGUCAAAACCAACAACAGCAGCAGCAAUAUCACCACCAGAAUCACAACAGUUUUCAAUCCCAGCAGCAACAACAACGCCAAUCAAGACAAAGAAGCAACCAAAGGCAGCAACAAGGCUUCCACACUCGCAGCAACUUGCAGUACCAUCAGAAGUACCCGAACGGACAUCAGAUGCAUCACAGCAGCAGCAUGUCCCUGCAGAACUCCUUCCGUAGUGUCAUGGACGGGGGGAGCAACUUCACGAGUUUCAACAGCGAUGGCGAAGAGCGCCAUCAAACCGACGCUGAUAAUGUUGCGAUUCUAGGGCCUCCCGAAACGAAGGACGAACCCAUGACCACAACGCGGAAGUGCUGUUUCAUCGGCUCGAUUCUGCUCUGUGUCCUCACAGUCGUCAUCUUCCUCUGGGUCAUCCCAUGCAGCGAAGAAGGAACGUGUCCAGCACCGCCGGACCGCAUCAAGACACACAAUUGGCUGAACAACUACACCAAGAUCGAGCUCAAGGGUGUGAUCAAUGUCGUCGAUGGAUUGAGGAACUGGGAGAAGAACCUGAUCUUCCUCUACCGAGGUGACGCCUUCUUCCCCGAGUUUGAACCAUCCAACACCAAGCGGAAUGGAAUCAUUUCGCUCAUAGGGAGUUCCGGGGCGAUUGCUUGGUUCGAUGAAAUGGUGGACGAACCCAUCACAAUUGACUGCACCUUGAUUGACAUCGACAAGAACGGCAAACCGGACUGUUUGGUCAUCGAUCAAUUUGGGGAAUUGGGAGUCAUCAACCCGAUCUCUGGACAAUGGCACUGGAAGUUCAGAGUACGAUCUAAGACGAAAGUCGAUGCUCUCGAUUUCCCUGUGAUCCUUCCUGAUUUGGAUGGCGAUGGAGUCUAUGAGAUUCUCUUAGCCACAACAUCUCCGAUUCUGCAUUACGACUCGAAGCCAAAGAACUUCAUAACGCCCCACGAAAACUUCCACGGUGAUGCUCCCUCGGGGGCUAGGAAUCUCCUGAGAAUUCUUUCGGGACGAAUUGGCAAACCAAUAGGCGAUGGUUACAAAGUCCACGACUGCGAUAUCCUGAGGAAGUUCCAAUUGGAGAAGAAGCAUAUUAUCACUUUCAAUUGCGUUCGCAAUAGCACCGAAGUUCAGCGGUCCAAAUCGCUAACGGAGCUCUUCUCGCUGGUCACCAAUCGUUCGAUAAAAAGUGAGAAGCUUACUCCAGCUCUGAAGAUCUCCCAACACCGUCACUAUGGCCAGCGCAAGGAGACCGAAGCUCAAAGAAACAUUUAUUCCCUCAGUGGUCGGGAGUUGAUCGUAGAGAAUCGUGGAAAAUGCCCCGACGACUGCAAUGUCUCCUUCAUUCUGAGCGAGGAACGGAAUGGCAGAGUGAAUGUUGUCCGGAACUUCACCAAUCCCGGAAUGUACGGCAUGGUUCCGGCUCAGUGGCACUUCAAGAACAGCAAGUCAAAGAUGUCCGGCUUUGUGAUGAAAUUCUGGAAGUGGAAGAACGACUCUGCUGCGCUCGGUCGCCGCAAGAAGCGCGAACAAUCAAAGAAAGAAGAAGAAGCUGAUUUCCCCACCAGCGAGUUCAAUAUAUUCGAUCAUUUGGUCCAGAAACGCAACACCUACACGAUCCCCGAGAAGAUCGCCCGUGUCGAGCGGAGCACUGCCAACAUCACCAGCAGUACCCUCCUGCUGAACAACUACAAGCGUCAACUGAUCACCGAGACCGUCGUUCUUGUCAUAUUCAUUGGAUCCGACACGAGGAUUGAGAACACCAGCCAAAGUGACAUCAUCCAAUUCUGCAGCACCGAACUGGACGAAGUCGUUUGCCAACCCGACUUGAACAACCAAGAAAAUUCUCUUCUCAUUGCCGAUUUGGAUCAAGACGGAUCACAAGAGCUGGUCUCGUACUACUCGACGUUCAAGAAGGAAGAUCAAUCAAAAGACUGGAAAUUGGUGACCUACGUGCAGUUGCUGCGUUUGGAAUCAGAACUGCCGGGUUUCUAUGUAGAGGGAAAGCGUUAUUAGGAUUACAAAGAGGAAAAGGAGAGCUUUUCGUUAGAAACAAAAUAUUCAAUCACACCAAAAACACUCACUCGUAGAAUCUAGAAAAACAAAACUGCACCUUUAAUAAAUCGAAAAAACGAAGCACUGCUGGUUUUUUAAAACUCCUUUUUUGAAAUACAUAAGUUUCUAAGUUGCUUGAAAAAUAUCUAAGUCGAUGGAAAAUGGAUGCUUUGGGAAGCGAAGCGUCCAUUCCUCUUUUAUCAAUGUAUCUCGCCUUAUAUUAUUUAUUUAAUUUAUUUAUUGUUUAAAUUUAAGAAACAAAACAAAAAAGAAAUUGUCAAAAGACUUUUUUCAAGGUCUUUUCAAGAUUAAACAAAACUCAGCUAAAGAGACAAGUGAGAGAAACCAAGAGUGGAUGUGCAAUAGGAAAUUAAAGAAGAAUUAAGUUAUCUGGUUUCUUGUCUCUUUGGCUAGGAGUUUCAAGUUACAACAACUUCUAUUACGUAUUCCGGAACAAUUUACACUUCUUUUGAAUGUCUUAUUUUCGGUUUGUUGUUGUUGUUAUUUGGCAAAAAAAAAACAUUUUUAUGAACAAAAUAUAGUUAUUUAAAAUAUUUAGAAAAACAAAAAUAUGCCACCAAUUUUUUUACUCAUAAAAUAUUUAAAUUAAAUUUAAUAAUAAAAAAAAUGAAAUAGAAAAAAUUAAAACAUAAUUUCAUAAUUAGAUUAAUAAAAAUAAAAAAAAUAGUCUAAAUUAUUUGGACGGUUAUUUAAGUAGGAUAAAAUUAUACAAAACCAAAAGAACAAGAAAUAGAAUAAUGCUAUUAUACCAAAGUAUCUUUCAACGAUCAAAUAAAAUAGAAUUCUAGUCAUUGGAAAUUAUAAUUAGAACAAAA